GUCAAAUAGAAAAUAAGAAGAGCAAAACUUUAAUAAUUUUCUUUUAUAAAUUAAAAAGAAGACCUGUAUUUAACAAAUUUGAGUAAUUUCUUAAAAAUAAAGGUAUUAAUUAAAGACAGAUGGCAAAACAUUAAUUAAAAAAAUCCCUAUUUCAUGGAAAUCAUUUUUUAAAGAAAUUUGUCCCUUUAUUUUUAAUGAUUGAUAUUGCUUUUUGUGCUCAAUUAGCAAGCGCAUAAAAUAAUACAAUAUUAAAUUAGAUUGAUUAAGAUUUGAAAAUAUAAUUACAAGAUGAUCCUUGCACCUUACAAAAUCAAAAUUAUGUAAACUAUGAGUUUAGUUUCGAUACAAGCUGUGCAGAGAUAAAGAUAUAAAAUGUCAUUUUGACCUUCAAUAAACCUAAUACAGAAGCGUAAAAUGGCUAUAAUUUACAGCUUUAAGGAAAUGUGAUAAUAGAUAAUUUAACAAUUAUAAAAUUAAAUUAAGUGCAAGAUGUAGAUUUUGAAAUAAAUUUAUAAAUAUAAUUUUCUAACAGUCUAAGUAUCAGUAAUUCUAAUAUUUAGGGUUUAUAAGAUUGCAUUCUGAAUUCUGAUAGCAAUUAUAUUAAUGGGAAUUUGUAGAACAGUUCAGUUCAGAUAUAAAAUACUAAUCUAACUUCUUAAAGAAUUUUGAUUAUGGCAGGAGGUGUGUCUAUAAUAACUUCGUAGUUAAUUUCUCUUGAAAAUUUUUGUAAAACAAAAUUCUGCAGCUGCGAUAGUUUAGUUGGUUGUCCUUUAGAUUCUAAUGCAUAUUCAUUUUAUACUUCUUCAAAUGCUAUUUAUUUAUCUCUUCUUUAAGAUUAUGAUUUAAAUUCUUAAACAUUUAAUAUAAGUGCCUCUCUAAGUAGAUAUAAUUAGCCAGAUUUGUACACGUUGCUAAGCAACAACGUAUUCAACGACUAAAAUCUAAUGAGGGUUUAGCUUUUAAUUUUUUCAUUUGGUAAUUUGGGUAUUCAAAAUAGCAGCUCACUUGAAGCUUCAAAUAUUGCAAUCUACGCUUAAUAAAUUACUUAAUAGACAUCUCAUAUAACAACCACUGGUAGAGGCUGUCCAAUAUCAAGUGGUUUAGGCUGUGGGGUUUAUGAUUAAAGUAAUAGCAUUUCAUGUGGAAGCACAGGAGGUUCUUAUGGAGGUUAAGGAGCUAAUGCUCAAAACAUCUCUUUAGUUUCCAGCAAUAUAUGCAAUGAAAUUCAGUCAAGACCGCUAUAUGGAAACCCUUUUAACCCUAUUUUUGAAGGGUCAGGAGGUGGAGGUGAUGAAACCGAUACUAAUAUAUCUCAAAAUAGUAGUUCUGGAGGAGGUGUCAUUUACUUAGAGAGUAUACUUUAAGUUUAUAUAAACUAAAAAUCAACAAUACAAUCUAAUGGAAAUGGAACUAACGAUAAAAAUUAUAGUAAUGGAGGUGGUUCUGGAGGAUCAAUUCAAAUACAUACACAAUACUUAAGUGGUAAUGAUUCCUUAGUUAUGUCUAAUGGAGGAGAUGGGUUCUUCUAAGGAGGGCCUGGAUCAGGCGGUCGUAUUAAAUUGAAUUUUACAUAAUGGGACAAUCUCACUAUUUGGACUAUGCUAAGUUACGAUACAAUUGAAGUUAUAACUAAUUCAGGUGCGUCUAUUUUAAACUAAUAGACUAAAAAUUAGAAUACAUCUCCUUUAUAUUUGCCUUAACAAAGUUAAGUAGAAGCUUAAAAUGGAUCAAUAAUGACCAGUCCCUGCCCUAAAUAAUACUAAAUCACUUAAGGAUACAAAUGUGAAAUCUGCCCUCCUGGCUUUUAUAACCUCUACCUUGGUUGGUCUAGGUGUUCUCCUUGCUAAUAUAGUGGAUCGCAUUUUCACUACUAAAAUAACGUUAAUUAAAAUGAUAUUUGCAAAAUAUAAUGUAAUGAAGACUAUACAAAUGUCAAUGAAAAAUGCCUAGAUAGUGCAUAAGCUUUUGUUCAUAAGGUUGGUGGAUGGGAUGUCAUCAUCCCUGUAAUUACAUUCUUUGUGUGCUUAGCUUCGUUUGUAUUUUUUAAACAUCUCAAAAAUAAUAAAAGAAAGCGCACAAUAAGCGAUUUCAAACUUUAAUAAGCUCUUUACAACAAUAAUAGCAGUCAAAACAACAACAACAACAACAACAACUAUAACAACAAUAUAUACGAUGAUCAAGAAUUCUAAUUGGAAAGUCAAAAAAGACCAGAUUUUCAUGUUGAGGAUCUGCCUUAUCAUAUGAAAAGAAUAUACUUGCAUGGAGAAAACACACAUAAAAAACCAUGGAAGCUCAUUCCAUAAGAUGAAGAAUUUGAAAUAGAUGAGCUAGCAUAAACAUUUAAUGAUUUAACAAAAUAUUCUAAAUUUUAAACAAGAAUUUUAUGGUUUUUUAAGCUAAUUUACAUAGUCUCCUACUUUUGGUUUUCGAGAUAUAUGAAGUAAAAAAACCUAAUCAUCCUAAAAAAAGUUAUUAGAGAACACAAGGUAAUGAAAAGAUUUUAUUAAAAUGAUGAAGAUGCGGAAUAAUAUAAGUAUAAACUGUCUACAUCUCAAGAUUUGAGUCUAGCCUAUAUAGAUAUUUUUAAUUAUAAUAUUUCUGUAUUAAAUUGGCAAAACAAAACUAAUUUUCCAGUCUGCUUAGUUUUGGCAGGAAAAGGCAGCUUCAUCAGCCCUUUUCAUGUUUGUAUAGAUGAUCCUCUUUGCAAGUCUCUUUACUUCACAUUUUAACAACAGGAUGAAAUGGAUUCUGAUGAAAAUAUAUUGAAAUUUGAAACUUAUUUGAAAGAGUUUAACUCUCUUGCUAAGCUUAUUGAUUACUCAACUAGAGAGAAAACUUUCUUGGAAAACUUUUCAAAAUUGGUUAAAUAUGUGGACAAAUAAAAUAAAAAAUUUUUUUCACAUUUUGGAAUAGAAGCAGAUAUUUGUAUUCAUAAAUUAGUAAGAGAUAAAUAUAUAAGCAAGCACUAGAAUGCAAAUUUAUUUAACUACAAUGAAAGAAAUCUGUAAUCUAGAAUUAUCAUGCUUUCAUACAAGGAUUAGGGAGAACUAAUAAAUUGCUUAAAAGAUACUCACUACCUAAAGAACUACUCGAGAUUCUAUGAAAUAAAAAUAUCGUUGAAUUUUUACAUAAUAGACGAAAUUAUACACAAUGAUUAGGUUGAAAUAAAAACUGAGCACAACAUCAAUAAAUAAAUUUAAACUUAUAUCAACUACGACUAAUAAGAUGAAGAAGUUAAUCACUUAAGAAUCAAAGUCAUGAAAAAAAAUUACAGUGAAUCUUAAGAAAGAAUCGAAGCGUUUAUCCCGAGAUACGAUUAACUAAACUAUGAUGAUGAAAACUAAAACGACUCAGUUGUAGAAGAGAGAAAAUGCCUCUGGCUCGUUCUUAUAUUUUUCUAUUUGAGGAGACUCUUCGGUGUCUUCAAGAGUUCAUUUUUGGCCUACAGAUAAACUCAGCUAAGCACCAACACGCUUGGCAUACUCAUGUUCGUUUCGAUGAUGUUUCACUUCGUUAGUGUCAUUUGCACAUUCAUCUCCUUUUUCAUCAUAUCAAGUGACGACGGUGCUUACAAAAAGGUUGAAAUCUAUAUUAUUUUGAUAAUAUAUCCUUUCUGCUUUGCGAUUUCUCCUCUAAUUAUGAUUGUUUGGCUUGUCAAGCACACAGAAAAAAUAGGAAAAACUUUCAUGCUAUUUAAUUAUAAUGCCUUUUACACAUACAUAGCAAUUGCCAUCUUUGGACUACUUGACAUAGUAAGAGAAUAAGACACAAUGCAUAUACUUAUUGGUAUAGCUAAGAUUAUUGGUUUAUUAACAACCUGGCUUAUGAGUUACUUCGGGUCAGGUUACAUUCUUCUACAAGAAUUUAUUUGAUCAAAUAAAUAUAAAUAAUUAAGAUUUUUAACAAAUAUUAAAUAAAUAAAUAUAUAAAAAUAAUAUUAAAAUGUCUAAAAAAUUAAUUUAUAAAUUUUGUAAGUGUUAAUUAUAAAUAUCAAUUAUAUUUAUUU